GAGGCUCGGCUGCAGUCCCUGCAUCCAGCUGGAUCAGGCUGUCCCUUGGACAGGAAAGCAGCAGCUCUCAGGAAAGAGUUAAUCCCAGCGAGCCUUUGGGAUCCUUUGCUGGGGAGAGGGCUGAUCUUUUGUUUGUUUUGAAGCUGCUGGCAGGAAAGUGGGGAGGAGAAAAUUACCUAAGUGAUAGUGAGGUUGCCAUGAACUAUAUAAAACUGGGAAAUCAAAGCGGAGAAACUCCACCUCGCAGUCCUGAGCCACAAGCACAACCCCUGAAGAGAAACCCACCCCACCAGUGAGUGAUCUCAAAGGCUUGAACUCCAACCAAGCUGCAUGAGCUCAGAGCUGCUGCAGGACUGAGGAGCCCGGCGCUGGGAACGCUGAUUUUGGGAAUUCUCACAGCCAUGGAGUGGAGGCAGCUCCUCUGCAUCACUGUCUGCCUGCUGGAGCUGGCUGGCUGUGCUGCUGAGGGCACCACAGACACCCCCACACCGACAGCCACGGCGGGGACAGCGAGGGACAGCAGCAGUGGCACUGCCAGCACUGCCAGCACUGCCAGCACUGCCAGCACAGCCACAGGAGACACCAGCAGCACCAAAACAGCCUCUGCUGAAGCCACAGCCAAGCCCGUGGCCACCGACUCGGCAUCCUCAGAGCUCCUUGGGCAGCUGGGGACGAGCCCCCAGCCCAGCCUGGCCCCCACAACGCUGCCAGGCACCCCCCUGGAGCCACACGGGAGCCCGGGGGUCUCCCCAACCCAGAGCCCCCCAGGGACAGAGCCCAGGGACAGGGCAAGCAGCUCGGGUGCCACGGUGGCCGGGACCAGCUCUGCGGCCACCCCGCAGCUCCCCGCGGGCCCAGCUGCCACCACAGCCCUGCAGACAGCCAGGCACAGCCCCGAGCCUGCCCUCCCUGCCAUCGGGUGCCACGGAGCCAGAGGCGAGCGGGACACCGGGGCCAUCUGCCUGCAGCUCAACCAGUCCUGUGAAGAAUUUUUGGAGAGCAAGGGAUCGGAUUUAUGGCAAGCAAUAUGUGAAAAUAGAACCCACACCGUGGAUUCUCCCUGUGAGAUCAAACUGACUCCAUCCAGCCUGGACAGGGACUGCUUGCUGCUCAUCCUCAAAGGAGAGAAAGAUCCUGACAAACUGCUGAGCACGCUCCAGAAGUCUCACUGGGAAAAGUUUGGAAUAGAAUCCCUUAAAAAGGAGAGCACGAGGAGGCACCAGGAGCCUUCCCAGAAGACACUGAUCGCCCUGGUCACAUCUGGGCUGCUGCUGGCCUUCCUGGGCCUGGCUGGCUACUUCCUGAUGAAGAGGCGCAGCUGGAGCCCCGCGGGAGAGAGGCUGGUCAGUGCUUACAGGUGGCAGAGCCGCAGGCUGAAGACCCGUACUACACGGAGCACGGCAGCCAGGGGAACACGCUGCUGAUGACAGCAUCCCAGGAGGCGGCGGAGCCGCAGGAGAAGCCGAACCUGCCCAGCCUGAACGGGGCCGCCCAGGAGAAGGGGAGCGGCCAGGCGUCCUCCCAGAACGGCCACUCGGGGCGGCAGCGCAGCCCCGCCGACAGCGAGAUGUGACCGAGCCCGCGGCAGGCAGGGCACGCUGUGACACACACAGGGAACUGCAGACACUCUCUGUUGCUGCUGCUGUCUCUGUGAAGAACUUCAGAAUCAGCCUAAAGCACAGUUCGGCCAGAGCUGCCAAAGAGCAGCUUCUCUGCCUCCUCCUCCUCCUCCCUCUGACCACACAGGACACUUUUUUGCAGCUGUUCUGUGCUUUUGUUGUUAGAAGAACAUCAGGACAAAUGCCAGUGCCCUUAGCCCUCCCCAGCUUUUCAGCAGAGGCAGAGCAGGUCUCCAAGCAGCCCAGAUUUCUGGUAGCAAUAUGUUAGGCUGACUAAAGCAGUUAAAUUGGAAUUGCAGUGACAAAAGCCUCUCAGGUUUCAGAUAGUUUUGGUUAACAGAGUUGUUUAUAAUCUCAUCUUUAUGUUUAAGUGCAGGAUUUCUUCCUCUUGUGAGACCAUCAGGCAUUUAACCCCUUCCUAACCUUUAGGGCUCCUCCACUAUUUCCUACUCCAGCAGAAUUUGCUGAAGCUCUGUGUAAAACUUUCCACAUGGAAUUGAAGGCUGAAAUGUCAACUUCUUUCUCUUUGAAUCCUACCAGGACUGUGUCCUGGAGUCAUUUUCAGAGGAAAAAACCUUCCCCAGCCUCCUCCUGGCAGGGGCUGGGGGUUGUGACAGGCAGAGUCAGCAAUUCAUCCCUUGAGUGAGAUGGAGAGCACUGGGCAGGCUCUGGGGGUGCCUGGGGCUGGGACCCUCCCUGCUGGCACCUGGGGCAGGAAUUUGGGCAUGAGAGGUGCCAAAGGGCCCCCGGAGGGAAGAGUGGGAGACAAAACCCCAGCUCUGCAGUGGGGGUUCCUCUGUCUGCACCAGCAGCAGGGACAUGAACAGAGAGCAGGGAUCCCACUCGGGCAGUGCCAAACCCCAGGAGCUCUGAGCCCUCUCUGUGCUCAUCCUUCCCCCAGGGGAAGCUCUGCUGGAGCCACGUGGAGCUCCCUGCAGCUCGGUGGGACCCUGGGCAGGUUUGUUCCCCAUCCCAAGCACAUUUUUAGGGAGCCAAAGCCCAGACUGUGCCAGCCCUGUGCUGCUGGUGCCGGACCAGGAGGGAUGGUGGCUCAACACGAGCACCAGCAGCGACCUCCACACCCAAAAUGAGCCCAAAAAUGGCCCUUGAAGCUGAUCUACCCUCUCACGAGUGAGUUCAUCCCAACCUCUUUCAGUGCUGAGGGGAAGGGUUUUUUUCUGGUACCGUGCUCAGAGCAAUGACAGCAGCAUCCAUCACCACCUGGGGCUGUUUCUGUGGGUGCAAGAGUCGCUUAAACACCAUUAAAAUAUCCCAGGCUGUUUGCUUUGGUGUGAAUUGCUUCUCCCAGAUCUCACUGUAAAUAAUCCCGGUUGAAAAAGAAAAAUAAUUAAGGACUAAAAACCGGCCUGUCCGUUGU